AUGGAAGGCCAACUUGGACUUCAGAUUCUCUGGCCAGCAGGCCCAGAGCCAAUGGACGAGCACAGGCACGACAUUGUGCUCGUCCACGACCUCGGCAGCGGCCCUGUUUGCGACUGGCGACACGAAAACGGGACGCUCUGGCCGCUUCUUCUGGGCAAAGACUUGGGCAAUGCUCGCGUCUUUUCGUUUGGCUACAACCACGAGGAAGCGCGUAUCCGGCCGCAGGAAUAUGGAAGCGGUGGCACCGUCUUCAACUUUGGGGAGACCCUCUGCAGUGAUUUGAAGGACAAGAGGACGUCAAACAAGGCACAACCGCCCAUCACCUUCAUCGGACACGGUACAGGGGGCAUCAUAAUCAAGAGCGCGCUUCGCUACUCCCAGGCCAGAAAGUACCUGUACGGAUCCAUCCUGCGCAAGACGGUGCAUGUGGUUUUCCUAGACACGCCGCAUAUGGGCCUUGAAGACACCAGUAAACACGGCCCGACAGAAAGCGUGAGCGGGUUGGGCAUCGGGCAGCUGAGACUCUGGUCGACGGUGCUCAACGAUCUCCAAAUACCAUUUUCCGAUAUGGCCGCCCGUUUCAACAUAACGACGGCACAGGCGUAUAUCAGAGACGGCGAUAACCCUCCUGGAGAAUCCGGCCGGCUUUACCUUGCGAACGAGCAGCCCCUAAUGCUCCAUGGCAAAACGCAUCAGACCAUCUGCAAAUUCGCAGGGGAAGACGACCAUAACUACCGCCGACUGCUGGAGCGCAUUCGCCACGGUUUUUCGAAUCUAACCACAGACCCGGACGAUAUUCAGAAAAUCCGGGCGUGGAUCGGAGCCGACGUUGGCUCCCAGUCGGAGGCCCGGUCCGGGUCAAUGGACUGGAACAGUUGGGAUUUCGAAGACUGCAGGACCAAACAUCUCAAGGGGACAUGCAAGUGGCUGAUCAGCGACCCAUCACCCUUCGCUAACUGGGCAAGCAAUGACGCCUCCAACCCCAUUCUGUGGGUGACGGCACCCGUGGGACGAGGCAAGUCGGUUCUCAGCUGCUUUGCCAAUGAUUGGCUAUCCAAGAUGGCGCAAAGACCUGCAACACCUUACCUGAUGAUCAGCUAUAAUACGCAACGCACACGCCACCAGAUGGCCUCAAGUCUUGCCUCGCAGCUCCUCGAGCAUAUUGUGAAAUCCUCGGUCGGCCAGGGCUUCCCAGGUGGCGUCAACGCCGAGGCUCUUACCCUUGUCUGCCUGGAUUCCAAGAAUGUUGAAAACAUGCACGAUCUCAUCCGGCUGCUCGUCUCACAGUGCACGGCCGUCUAUUUCUUCGUUGAUGGGCUCAAUGAGCUACCGUUUGACCGGGAGCACGAGUACAUUUGUAAAGAUCUCUUUUCCACGAUUGGUUUCCUCGCCGACCUGGCCAAAAAGAGUGAGACAACCCGCGUCCGGCUCUGGUGCAGCAGCCAACGAUCUAAAGUCGUCGUUCGGGGGAUGGAAGCACUGGCCCCCAGAGAACUGGCCAUGGACAAACGCUUGGUAUCCAAGGAUGUCCAGCGGUUCCUCCGCGGCGCCGAGGAACUUGUGAAAUCUGUCUCGGACGACCCCGGAGAGAUGCGAUUCGCCGAGUUGAAUGGUAAAGCCGGAUCCAACUUUCGUUGGGCGGCUCUGAUGAAGAACAGCCUCCAGGGCGCCCACACGCCAAAGCAGCGGGAGAAGAUCCUCGAGAAAGGCCUGCCAAAGUCGCUAACCGAUAUGUACUCGGAGCGACUAAAGGAGCUAAAGGCAAUGGACAUCGAGGAUCAGGCCAACGAGGGGUCUCCCUUGUCCAUGUUGGUCCUCAUUUGCUUCACUUCUAGAAGAUCGCUGAGACUUGACCGCAGGCAUAUCCUAUCUCUCAUGACGUUUGCGAAACGGCCACUACGAGUAGCCGAAGUCGAGGAAGCUGUCUCCAUUAUUGACAGCUCCGUGAGCCACGCAGGUUGCGACGAUCUAAGUGACAGGAACCGCAAGCUCAGGGAGGAUAUCGUGCACCGAUGCGUGCCUCUGGUCGAUUUCGUGCCCGACGCCAGGGGCGGCCACCUCCUGCCAUCACACGGCUCCGUCGUCGAGUUCCUACGAAAGUUAUUGGUGGCGAGCUCGGAUGGAGCGGAUGACGAUGGACAGAGCCUAGCAUCCUUACCGGCGUCGACAAAGGCCCUCGUAGACGCUGCCGUUAUGGCCGACGCUUGUCUCAAGUAUCUCUUCCAGAAGCGCUACGCCCGGAUGCUGCAUAGACGGUCUAAUGACGAGUUCAUGCCGAGUCUGAUCUCCGACAUCGAGGACCACCAUUUCCUGCGAUAUGCCGCCAAGAACUGGUAUCGUCACGCCGACCAAGCGGGCGAGCGGAAGUGCGACGACGUCAUGAAGUUCCUCGCCUCGCCCCAGUUUCUCACGACGAUCCAGGUGCAGAGUCUCUUCAUUGUUGGCCAUUUCAUCAACCGCAUCAACUACUUGGGGCAGCAGGUUAUGAAGCAGAACUUGCCCGAGUGGUUCCGCACAUGCGACGACGGGCGUUCCAUGGCGCGAAGCUACGAGACUUUCUCCGCCGAGUGGAGUCGGUUCCUUCAGUUGGGCAUCACGACCUAUAAGCAAGCCGAGAUUAGACGGUGCUUCUGGGGUGCCUUGGGGCCCGGAAACUUUCUCCAAAAGCACGGCGUCGGUAUUGAAAGCCACCGCAGCUUCCUGCUCACUGACGACGACGGCGAGCAGAGCCAAGACGCCGACUGCUCUUAUUACGAGAUGCUCAGUGACGACGGCAAGCGACUAUCCGUCUGGAAAGUCCCUUUUUGCAGCACAACAGAUGAAGCCCAGGGCGAAGCUACGGCGACCCUGGUACACCAACACUGGUUUGUCGACGGCAUCAACCCUCCCUUCCGCUACGGUGCCCCGGAAACCCUCCGGCUUGACAUAAAUGCCGUCAAGUGGCCACUCUACGACUCGCAGGCCUUCCCCCUUGUUCCUUCGGCAAAUUGUCCGAUGCGUGUGACCCCCGUUGCCGACAGCAAGUACGGCACUGCAGUUCGCGUCGGGUCGGUCAGGUUUCGUCGCCAGCCCGGUCGCGUAUGGAAAAGCGACGGGCCGACUUCAUACUGGGAGGACAUCGUGGUCGAGCGCGAGUACACGGUCCAUUCACGUCGUAAGCUCGUCAAGACACGAGGGAAGGAGAAGGAAGGGGGGGCGGCAGGGCGGCUGGCGCAACGAGGGAGAUUGUCCCAUGAGGGCCGGCGUACAAGUGCGAAGCAGAUGGACUCGACCCACGAUGACGAGCUGGAGCAUGAAGCCUCAGAACUGGACGACGAUGAGCUCGAGAGACUGGGUUGGGGCGCCGUUUCUUCGGCAGACGAACAAUGUGAUUCCGAAUCCUCGGACGGUGCUGAAUCGGACGAUGGCGACAAGGAAAGUGAUGGUUUGUCGGCUUCAUCAGAGCAGGAAGACACUGACGAAAUGGUGGAUUCUGAAGCUGAAGGCUACAUGGCCUUCUCGAGCUGGAAAGCCAGAUUGAUGCCCGACAAUGUCGAUUUCGACGUGCAAGACGGUGACUUGUCAUCGAGCUCGGCAGUCUUGUCGGUUGGCGAUUCUCGACAUGACGACGCCGACGCAGACGACGAGGGCGGCGGGGACGAAACAGCGUCCGGAACAUCAGAUAGUGAGGUCGACAAGGAGCGCCUCAGGCGCUUCCAGCCUCGCAUUUAUUCGCCGUCGAGGCCGCAAAGAUGGAGCUGUGGUCACUGCGGGAAAUCCGGCGGUUCCUCCGACAACAAUCCAAAGCUCGAGGUUUUUUACCAAUGCCGCCGACAAGAAUGCUACAAGAUGGCAUCCUCUGAUGUCUGCCUGGCCUGCUUCGCCCUCGGCGCCUGGUGCCGGGACGAGAAGCACCAGUUACGCAAGAUGACGGUCCUCCACGGCCGUGUGCGCCGCCGGGAGCUCGUGUCCCGCCACGACUCGAGGCCCGGGCUUGACGUCGUGGUCCGGCAGCGCAGCGGCAAUGGCCAUGAGCAGGCCGUCUUUCGCUUCACGAGUAGGACACGGGCGAUGCUGUACGGCUCGCCGCCCGUGGUCCAUGCCACCUCGCCGCUGCUCGUCUACGCCAUCGACGGCGUGCGCUUCCUCUUUGCCAGCCUCGACGACAACUCGUACUUUGAACACCGUGUACCGCUGGGCUCGGCUGAGACGGGUGACGGAGGCGUCGACGCGUGUAUCCCCGUGGCGGCUCAGAUGGCCUUCUCGCGCUGCGGCGGCUUUCUGCACGUCGCGAGGGUGACGGCCCGCCGGGAGCCAGGCUCACGCACCGCCGUCAACCUCUUCGUCCAGGUCUUGACGGUGCAACUCGCCGCCAAGAGGCCGUGCUCGCGACUCCCGCGCACCCUGGCUCGUCGCCGCGGCGUCGCGCUGGGCAGGUGGGCGUCGGUGGCCGCCAUCACCUGUCUCCCCUUUGCCAUGACGUGGAUCGACGGCGAUGUGUACGUGUCCCUGAGCAUGGAUGAGCUGCGCGUUUUCAAGAUUCCUCUGGAUAGGGGCGAGGAGCGGUCGAGCAGCGGCGGCGGCGACGGUAAGAAGGGAGCCGGCGACGGCGAAGCUGCCGGGGGUGGCGAGACGGUAGACUGCCGAGCUGCUGUUUCUGAAGGUGGUGAAGCCGGCAAAAGGAACGAGACGGCAGACUGCCUGGCUGCUGUUCCCGACGAUGGUGAAGCUGCCGGGGGGGGCGAGACGGCAGACUGCCGAGCUUCCGUUCCCGACGACGACGGCAUCCAGGCGCUCGCCAGCCGCGUCUUUCUUCCCUGCUCGGCACGGCGGCGGCCCGUCUACUUCUUCCCCGAGACGGGAGCGGCCGCGGCCAAGAUCGUCUUGGGCGCGCGGCGCACCGAGCAGCAGGCCGAGCCGCCGGCCGUGAUAUACCUGCGGGCCGACGACGCCAGAGCGUGGGUGGCGGCCGCCGACGCCGUCGUGUCCUUCGAAGACGCGCCGCUGCGGAAGUGGGACCAGCUCGAGGAAUUUGACGCCGAGGACGAUUGCGAGCUGAUCCUGUCGUUGCACGACUUUCAAAGAUAA